AUGAAUGCUGAAGACGCUUUAGCAACCAUAAAGGAUGUAGAGAAGCCAGGUGACAAAGGAAGAAAGGAUGACGAACGUAGGGAUCAAAAGAGGGAACGCCCAGAUCGUUGGAAUAAUGACAGGAAUAGAAGAAAAGAAGAAAAAGGUCCUCGGACGGUAAAAUUUACCCCUCUAGUUAUGCCUGUUGACAAAAUUUUAAUGCAAAUUAAGGACAAGCACUAUCUCAAAUGGUCGAGACCAUUACACUUAUCUCCUAACGUCUGUGAUAAGAACAAGUACUGUCGAUUUCACAAGGAUCAUGGCCACAACACGGAAGAUUGUAAGGACCUAAAGGAGCAGAUAGAAGAGUUGAUACGGAAAGACAAAUUACAGAAAUAUGUGAAAAAGGGAGAAUAUAGUAAGUUUAGGGACGGCAAUAAGAGUCAGCAUGAGUCCUCUUCCAAGAGUGACAAUCGACCGUUCCAACCUACACAAGACGUGAACGGGGAGAUAAAGACGAUUACAGGAAGGCCCUUCACAAGAGGGUCAUUUAAAUCCCUCCAGAAUGCAUACCAAAGACAGAUGAAUAGCGUCCACAUGAUACCUCCGUUUAAGCAGCAACAGACGGACCAGGACAUGUCUUUUAAUGAAGCGAACGCGAGGGGAGUGAAGCAACCCCACAAUGACCCUUUGGUUAUAAUAUUGAAUAUAGAGGGAUUCAACACCAAAAGGAUCCUCGUGGAAAAUGGUAGCUCUGCAGACAUCAUCUACCUCCUUGCCUUCCAGUAG